CUCCCUCUCGCUCUGCUCCUCCACCUCGCCCGACUCUCUCUCUCUCUCUCUGCAACUGGGCCGCCAGCAUCGCGCCUCGCACACGGCCGUGGAACCAACCAUGGCAGGCGUCGUGCGCGAAGCCGCUGCACGCCUGCUCCAGCGCCCGCGCCUGGACUGGUGCCGCUUGCGGCCGUCCAGUGCGACAGCGGCGCAGCGCUGCCACUCGACGCUCCCUCACAGCGAGAAUGGCGCCGAUCCCUACCGCUUCACGCCGCUGCACGACGCACCACCUCGCCCUCAUCGCACACUACCUCUCUCGCCGACGCAGAAAGGCUCCGGCGCGCUACGUCUCUUGCGCUUCCCGCGGGCAGCACUCGAGGUGCUUCCCUUUGCUCGCCGUCAGCUCGCCAGAGUGAAGCGGCCGCAAUUCGAGGCCGUCGUGCAGAUCAUGCCGCGCAAGCCCCCGGUGCCCUGGCUGCCUCGCCUGCCGCGGCGCGAAACCCACGAGGCCCGUCACCUGCGUGCCGCUGAGCCUGCAGACUCGCAGCCGCCGGCACUGCACGUCGUGUUCCUCACGCCGAAGCGCGUUCUCGGCAAUAGCGCAUGCGUCCGCGACCGAGGGCGCACCAGGAUGAAGGAGGCAAUGCGUGUGGCACUGCUUGGCGGCACAGGCGCCGCGCUCGCUGGUGAGGCCAGAUCGCCCAAUCGGCGUGGAGCAGCCGCUGACCGGCACCUUCGCCCAGAUCACCUGCUGCUCGUCACGCCGACUGCCACGGCGCUGACUGACCCGAUGCCACGCCUCAUUGCCGAUGCGACGACCGCUCUCCAGACACUUGAGCAGAAGUUGCUUCGAACCAAGCCUGGUGCAUCGCCGCAGCGACCCAAGGCGCGCCAGGCUGCUGGCAGCGAGUCGCGCACGACCAAGGGUGCGGCACCCAGCAGCGGCCAACGCCAAAGCCAUGGGCCCGCCGACAAGACGCAGCUCGGUCCGCGUCCCGCACGCGACACCGGCGCAAAGGCGGCAGGCAAGCAGAAGCGCGAGCGAGCCAGCGAUGCAUCGUACAAAUGGCAGUGACAUGGAUUGUCUUCACCCGAUGGCCUGUCCCCAGUGGCUGCGCAGCGAGGCAAUGUCCCGCAGUGCCUGGUCUGCCCCGCUCUCGCCCAUGGCGCCCUGCAGCGCGUCGACGAGCUCGAUCAUCUUGGGCCGAGGCAGGCUCUCAAACGUCGAGAGCUAGAGUGAGGGUCAGCAUGUGCAGCGUGUGCUCGCUGCCGGGGCCGC